CAAACGAUUGUUAUUAAUCUUCGAGUGAAUAUCUAUGUGCAAGCACUUACACUUGGAUCACAGUCAAAUGUUCAAAGAUAUGGUCUUCGAUUGUAUAAUCCACUUCGUAAUGUUGAUGAUACAUAUUAUUCAUCUCUUGUUCCUGAAUAUAAUAAUCAACCAAGUAUAGUUGGAAUACCAUUAGCUAAAGUAGCAAUCCGUCUUUAUUUGAAUUUAUACACAACAAAUGAUGGAAGACCACCAAGAAACAUCAAGAUCGUAAUUCAUGGAUGUUUUGAUACAUCAUCAUCGAUAGAUCGUGAUACUGGUGGAAGAAUAGGUGGUCAGUAUUAUCGUAGUCCAGAUGUACCACAAUUACCAUUUAUACCUACAGAAUCUCAAGAUCCAUUAUAUGGACCAGCUGAGAGUCCAAUACCAUCAACAUCACUGUUACCAUCACCGAAUAAACCGAUACCAUUUUCUCGUAAACCUGGUCAAUGUUUUGAACAAAUUCUUAUCAUUGGUGGUUCACACAUAACAAUGAUUCGUUCACGUAAUCCAUUACAUCAAAUAGUUGGACCAGAGAUCAAUUUUGGUGGUACUGGUUAUACAUUUUCAUUACCAAGUGAUACUUAUGAAUUUGAAGUACAUUUUGUUCAACCAUUUACAAUGAAAUAUGUUUUCAUACCAUAUUCAGCUAAUGUAGAAAGUUUUAAAGUAGAAGCAUCACAUGCUGGAAUGUUAGCAGUAUUUACUUCUAAGAAUACAAAUGACGGUUUAGUUGUAGAUGGUUUUCCUACAAUGUUAAUUUCGAUGUUAGUUAUUACAAUUACUCAUACUACGGAUGGAUAUUUACCAAGUCAUAUUACAUUUAGUAUUGGAGUAUGUAAUCCGAUAUAUUCACCAUCGAAUGAAGGUAAUGAAAUUCCUGAUAUUACUGAUUGUACAUCUCAAUUACGUUUACUUGGAAAUCCUAAACAAGUAACUCGAGUAGAUAUCAAAACUCCGAAAAAACAUAUGAAAGCUACUAAUUUAAUCAAUCCAAAUCAAAAUGGAAUGGAAUUUCUUACUGUAGAAACACAUACAAUCGAUAUCGUAUUAACAUCGACAUUAGCAAUUGACUCCAUUACGUUUCAUUCAUUAAGUAAUAUUGAUAGUUUUAUGAUUCAACUUCAUCAUUCACAUCGAUAUUAUCUUGAAAUAACAUCUAAUAUUGGUUCAAAAAGUAUUAAUAAACUUGGCAAUGUACAAGCUAAUUUAAUACGUAUUAUUAUUCUUGGUACAGAAGAUGGUUUUCCACCAAAUCAUAUAUCACUUAAAAUAGCUGCUUGUGUUCCAACACGUUUACCAAAAAUAAUGGCAAGUCCAUUUAAAAAUGGACCAUUGGGUCCAAUAUUACAAGACUCAUUUCAACCACCACCGUCUGUAGAAAUAUCCGCUACUGUAGAUGUGCAAUUAAUUCAAGAGCCUCAAAUACAAAUAUUACCAUCACCUGUACUUGUCGCACCAAUUAUUGAAUAUGUGCCACCGAUUAAUUCACUACCACAAUAUGUAGAAAAUCAAAUUCCAGUAAAUGUUAUUCAACCUGAAACUAAUCUAGAGACUCCAUUACAGGACAUUAUUCAAAUACCACAACCAUCCUAUCUCACUCCAUCACCUUCUGGAUAUACUUGUUCACUUAACUAUCAAAUUAAUACCAAUAUUCAUAUCAACAACAUUUGCACAUUAUCAUCACCAUCAUCAUCAAUCUUUGAUUCAACUGCAUCAAACUCAUUAUUCACCGAUAAUGGUUAUUCAUUUGAAUCUCAUCAUUAUCCAUUUCAAACAAUUGUUAUUAGCUUGAAAUUUACUGGUUAUGUUCAGUCAUUAUCAUUAGGAUCACAAUC